AUGGAAAAUGCUAAAUUAUUAUAUACUUGGAAUUCAUCAAUUAUAGAUCAAUGGAUAUUAAAAAUUAUAGUGAUAAAUGAUGAUAUAUUCAUAGUAUCAACUAGUAAUGGUUAUAUAAUAGGUUAUCAUUUAACUUCUUUUGCCCAAUUAUUUAAAAUUAAAGCUCAUGAUUCAUGUAUUAAUGAUAUGAUAGAACUCAAAAAUAAUAAAAUUGCAACUUGUUCCAUCGAUGGUGUUAAGAUCUGGGAUAUAAAAGAAGAAAAAUUACUUCAAAUAUUGACUAAUUCUAAAAAUUCAACUUUUUUAUCAUUAGCUUUCAAUAAUAAUUUAUUAGCGAGUGGUACUGAAUUGGUUGGCCAAGAUGCAGAAUUACAUAUUUGGGAUACUACAACUUAUACUCUAAAAAGAUCAUUUAUAGAUUCUCAUCGUGAUGAUAUUACAAGCAUUCAAUUUCAUCCAAUUUUGAAAAAUUAUUUAAUGUCUGGUUCAACUGAUGGAUAUGUCAAUAUUUAUAAUUUAAAUGAAAUUGAUGAAGAUGAUGCAUUACAUCAAGUUAUAAAUUUUAAUUCUGUACACAGUUGCCAUUUUUCAAAUAUGAAUCGAAUUUCAAUAUUAUCUCAUAUGGAAACUUUUAUAAUUCAUGAUUUAAAUGAUACAAAUUAUGAAGAUGAAAAUCAAGGGAAAUUUAUUGAAUUUGGAGAUUUAAGAAAUAAAUGGGAAAAUUGUAAAUAUGUGAUAACUAUAGAUCCAAAAGGUUUUGUAGCUUAUGGAAGUAAUAAUGAAUCGAAACUAAGUUUAAUACCAUUCAAUCCAAAGAAAGAAAAGUUCAAAGUUGAUAAAAUUGUGCACUUUCCUGAAGCUCAUGGUGAAGAAGUUGUACGAGAUUUAAAAUUGGUCGGAAAUGAUAAAGUAUUGACUUGUGGUGAAGAUGGAAGUAUAAAACUAUGGCAAUUACCUAAUAAAUUGAAAACAUAUUCCUUAGCUGAAGAUGUUGAAGACGUAGAUAUGGAAGAUUGUGAAUUAUCUAUACCAAAGGUGGAAAAAUCUAAGAAAGAUAAGUCAAGAUCAAAACAUAAAUCAAAAAAGAAAGAUAGAAAAUUUAAACCUUAUUAG